AUAAAAUAAAAAAUAUAUAAAGAGGUAGACGGCAUUACUCUGGUUUCUCUUUCUUCCUCCUUUGGACUUUGGUUGGUAGUGUAGUCACCGACUGUAGUGUCGUGGCUCACCCUCACCCUCUCCUCUUCUCUCCUCCGACUCCGUGACUCCAACAAGAUGGGAGAGAGGAUCCCAUCUGGGAACGGAAAUGGGAAUGGGAAUGGAAGUUAUUUUCAGUUCCCUCCUCCCGGUCCUUCUCCUGUCCGGUCUUCCGAUCAUCGUGAAAGAUUUUUGGCUGAAUUAUUGGCGGAGAGGCAGAAAUUGGGACCCUUUUUGCAAGUUCUCCCACAAUGUACCAGGCUCUUGACUCAAGAAAUCAGACGGAUAUCCGGAUGUAAUCAAGGUUUUCCGGAACAUGAAAGAUUUGAGCAAGACAGUCCAUUCAGGCCAUUAGGUCAACAUCCAAAUAGUAGGCCAAUGGAUAUGGAGGGAUGGCCUGCUGUACCUAGAGAGUUCUACAUGCAGGACAAUGGAAAUAUCCAAAGAAUGGGACCAUUUCAAGCACCACCAGUGGGUUGGCAUGGGGCACAAGGAAUUCCGACGACUCCUGUAGUGAAGAGAGUUAUCAGGCUUGACGUCCCUGUUGACAAAUAUCCAAAUCAGUAUAAUUUUGUUGGUCGGAUUCUGGGACCUCGCGGGAACUCAUUAAAAAGAGUGGAAGCGAUGACAAAGUGUAGGGUUUACAUCAGAGGCUGCGGCUCUGUGAAGGAUUCUAUUAAGGAAGAGAAGCUUAAAGAUAAACCCGGGUAUGAGCACCUUAACGAGCCAUUGCACUUGUUGGUGGAGGCAGAGUUUCCCGAGGAUAUAAUCAAUUCACGCUUGGACCAUGCUGUUGCAGUACUAGAAAAUCUUUUGAAGCCCGUGGAUGAAUCACUUGAUCACUAUAAGAAGCAGCAAUUGCGGGAGCUAGCUAUGCUUAAUGGUACUCUGAGGGAAGAAAGUCCCAGUAUGAGCCCGAGUAUGAGUCCGAGUAUGUCACCUUUCAAUAGUAAUGGAAUGAAACGUGCCAAGACAGGAAGAUGACCUCAGUAUGUUAACAGUGGAUCUUACAUUUUUCUCAAGCUAGGUUAUUAGCAUCUGAUUUAGAAUUUGUGGCCGUCUUUCUGCUGAUUUUAUUCACCAGAAACACCUUUGGGACUGAAUCUCCUCUACCAGCUUGCAGGGAUGGUCAUUGGUCUAUC